UCUAAUACUAGUAUAGUGACCAUCCCGUAUACAGUAAAGCGCAGUAAGGUUAUGCGGUUAGAGUAAUGACAAGUUUACAGUUAUCUUUCAUCAAUUGUAUUAAGUUAACGAAUUUGAAAUAUGUUAAAACGAUGUCCCCUCUGGACGAGUAAUUGUAGGCAAUAAAUCGGUUUAUAUUCGAGACAUAGUGCUAUCAAAAGUUGUGUAAAGGAGAACGAUGGCAAUAACAUUUAGUAUAAUACUAUUAAUUGUUGCUUUACUAAUCAUUGUGUUGCUUGCAAGACACUAUUUUUGGCGUGGACGUCUAAGAAGCGUUAAUAACAAGCACGUUGUUGUAACUGGUGGAUCCAGUGGUAUAGGAAAAUGUGUUGCAAUUGCAGCUGCUAGGUAUGGGGCACAUGUGACAAUCAUUGCAAGGGAUGUUUUAAAAUUAGAAGCAGCACGACAUGAAAUAGUUCAUGCUUGCAAAAACAAAGACAUUCAAAAAGUUGAAUAUUUAUCACUUGACAUAGGUAAGAAUUAUGAGGCAGUUGAAGAAGCUUUAAGUGAUCUAGAAAGAACUAUGGGUCCAAUAUACAUGUUAGUGAAUUGUGCUGGUACUGCAAUAUGUGGUAAAAUUGAAGAUACCACUGUAGCAGAUUUAAAGAAAAUGAUUGAUAUCAAUUUUAUGGGUUCAUAUUAUUGUACCAAAGCUGUUGUCCAAAGAAUGAAAGCUUCUCAGGAAGGGAUUAUUGUUUUAACUUCUUCUCAAGCUGCACUACUAGGUAUAUAUGGAUAUUCAGCCUACUGUAGUACAAAAUUUGCUCUACGUGGUUUGGCUGAAAGCAUAUCCAUGGAACUUGCACCAUAUAAUAUUUCUGUGACUCUUAGUUUACCUCCGGACACAGAUACUCCAGGUUUUGCUAUAGAGGAACUAUCAAAGCCUCUUGAAACAAAACUUAUAUCAGAAACUGGUGGUCUAGUUAGUCCAGAAGUAGUAGCCAACAAGCUCUUCAAAGAUGCAUUGGCUGGAAAAUUCUUCUCUACAGUCGGCAUGGAAGGUUUUGUACUAACUGUUCUGUGUUGUGGAAUGUCGCCGUUCAGUUCCAUUAUCGAAUUAAUUAUACAGUCGACGUUAAUUGGUCUCUUCCGUCUCGUAAGUGCAUGUUACCUAGUCCAUUUUCGAAGAAUCAUUCAGAAUUGUAUGAAGACGCGUGACAAUAACAAGAAAUCCGAAUAGGUACUUUAUCUAAGACAGAACCAAAUACAGAAUGUAUGUGAAUAAAAAAAAAAACAAUAUUUGUAAAUUCUUCAAUGACUGCAUAAUAAAUCUCCAACCACAGAAUCCUCACAUCCUCCUAUUAAUACGAUCACACUGACUAUCCAGCGUAUUCGCCGCGUUCUUUUUAGCUUGAAAAGAAAAGAUCAGUUGCAGUUUACUUGUUAUUUUUUGUUGAAGAAGCUGCAAUGUAUUUUAAUCUGUAACUUUGCUUCUUCAAAGAUGUGCAAAUUUUACUAUUCCAACAAAUUAAUAUUUAAAAUUGCAGUGGCUUCAUAGCUGUCACGAUAAUCUGGUCAGAAAUAAAUAAUGCGAAAUGAUUUAUCUAUAAAGUUGUCUUUAUAGCCAGUACCGGAAUCAUCGAAAGCAAGUGAGAUACAAUAAAAUGGUGUACACCAUAACGAGUAUCGAUUUUUUAAGACAUUUCGAAUUUCAUAAUGAUAUUUAAUACGCGCAUUAUACCGACUACAAUUUCGCGGAAAUGCCUCCAAUUGAAAAAAAAAGAAGCGUCCUUUUAAUUCUCGAUCAGACGAAAAUGAAUACCGGAAAUCGUAACAGAAAAUGAAGUCGUCGCGAAGGAAGAAAGACACGUUGCAAACUUAACGGUUUGGCUUACUUUUUAUUUAGUAUCCCGUAAGUUCAUAGUAUAAUGUUCUUCAUUAAGCUUUAUGGUUUUUACACACAUAGAACGGGACAGUUCUCCUCGUCCCUGUUGCCACGAUACCUUGAAAAAACGGAAACGCUGAGAAUUGUGUGUAAUGUGUAGUUCGACGUGGGACGAUGCUGCCCCCGUGGGUAAUUAAUGCUCUCGCAUCUGGCUUCCUUCGAUGCGUUAAAAAUAUCCAGCACAUUGAUGUCGGGUAGCUCGAACGGUUACGUUAGCCCUUUUACAAAGAAGAAAAGAAAAGAGAAAUCCCCACGCAGAGAGCAUCGGUCGAUUCAGCUGCGAUUCAUGCCCGUGGAAGCCGCGACGUCCAGCUCUCGAGUAACCGAGGCUGAACUUACGCAGAGAAAUGGCGGAUAACGAAGAUGUGUCUCUCGAAAUUGCAAAUCGAUAAUGAUCGGUUUAACAUUGAUUUAUUAUCUCUCAUCGCGUCGCUUACUCUCUGUCUCACAUUCGCACAGGCACCGCACCCACGCACUCGUAAUUACGCUCGUUACAGAACCGCGCUCGACCAGACAAUCGUUUUAUCCACGGCAUCAUCUCGCAGAUUCGUUAAUGUCUAUUCCCGUUUUACCCUAAAGCGCUCGAGGUGUGUGCAGCCGAGAAUCUGCGAGACGAGGCUUGCUUCGAGAGAUUUCAUUAUUCAUCUUUUUUUUUUUUCCACUUUAAUGAUUUUCGUCUUUUAAAUUCAUACGUUAAUUUUAAAUCGAUGUUCGCUCAUUCGUCCGCUCGACAAAACGUUAACUCCCAUCGUUCUCCAACUCUCCCCGAUUCCCUUCGUCACGCUUUACUCGUCGUUCUCGCUUUUAGUCGAUUGUACGUUGCGUAUAAUUAAUUGUCAUCAGCUUCGUCGAACGUUCGAACUGGCAAACGGCACGCGUUAACGAUUAAAUUAGACCCAUUGCCACGUGUGAUCUGUCGCGCAAUCGAAGAGGGCAGCUUUCUCGGAAAACAGAAACAUUCUUGGGAGAUUGUGGUUUACUCUGUCGCGAUAUUCGCGAUCCAAACUCCUGAUUUGUUAACGCUGUCAACUUGGAAAUGAAAGGAAUCGGUUUAUCGUAGGCGAAUGAGAAGAUGAGU